GAAAAAGUCAAAAACCACAAUCGGCAAAGAAAAAGCUAACCAAAUUCUUCAGCAGAAAAGUUGAUGAUGAAACAGAAGAUUACGCGACAACAGAAGGUAACAAAAAGAGCACAGCUGCCAGACAAAAGCGUCCCGCACCGCAGCCACCUGAAACAAAAGAAAGUGCGACUCGCUCACAAAAAGCGAUAACAACGCAAUGCGAACAACAAAUAAAAGAAUUAACGACAUCAGCAACAACAAAGAGGCUAAAGUCAUCAACAGAUUUUGAAUACACCGUACCCACAACGGGGGCAACAAACGACAAACAAACACCAAAGCAAGAGCACGACGAAGAUCACCGUGAAUUCAUUGAGCAUCUCUUUGCGGCGGUCACCACAAAUAGCGGCAGCGAAGCAAUUGGAACCACAACCACAGCACCCGAUGCUGGCAGCGCAACAGACGAUGAGCGGGAAUGGUUGGACUAUGACGACGACGAUGGAGCGGGUAGAGGCAGAGAGAUUGAAACUACAACAGUACAGCAGAUGGCGGUUGGAAGAAACAAGCAAGCAAAACAAAUAGGAAAAAAUACCAACAAACUGUUGGAAGAAUCAACAGUUGGAACCAUUGCGGUGGAGGGAAGUGGUCAUAGUAUUCCAGCGUCGUCAACAACUACAGACGCCAACAAAGAAGGCGACGAUGCUACUAACUGGAAUGUCAACACAAAGCGAAACGGCAACGGAUCGGCGACACAUGAAAAACAACGGGUUGCAACGUCAAAAAGUUUUAGUAGCAGUGAUGACGAUGCGGUGCAAUCGAUUAGUGUUGUUGUUGUAGCUGAUAGUUGUGGUAUAGCAAAGCCACAAAG